GCUUAUCGGCCUGUUGUCUUUUAUCGUGGACCCGAGCCCACGUCUUUCAUUGUGGAGUGGGGCACAAAAUUCUGUGCGUUUCAUCAGACUCGAAGUGAAGUUGUGAACGAGCAAGUUGUUCUUGUCAAGAUUGAAAGGACGAUCUCGUUUGGAAGGGCCAUGACUGUUUCGAAUAUGUGGCAAGGCAUCUCGUCAUUUACGGGCGUGUCAAGCAACAAGGAAGAUUCGGAAAUCAGUAAAUUGGUUCACAGCAAGGCGAUUCAAGAGGUCAAGGACCACGGCAAUUUACGAAUAAAUCCUAUCUCAGUAGCAGUCGAUUUGAAAAGAAAGUGGAAGACCAUCGUCACCCAAGUGGCUCGUAUGCAAACAGAGCAAUGCGCAUUAUCGUUUCGGUUGGAAACUGUCAGGGGAAGAAAGAAGCUUGCUUGCGAAGAGUCGAGUGGAAUUGAUGCGUUUUCAAGUGAAUCAACCAUCUGGUGGAAUUCUUCUUCCAAUUUCUGGUUGGUGGGUUCCUCCUCCUCCAUCUCAUUCCUAAAACUUUGGCCUGGGCCAAAUUGCAUCGUAGUAGGGGGAUUUCAGGGUUCCCAAUGUGGCCCUCAAACCUUUUUCCCGUGGCUUAGACAAAAUGAUUCUUGGAUUCCAGAGCUGAAAAGUAUAAGGUUUUUCCCAGCAGGUUCUCCAGUAUUAGACGGCUUUUCCCCGUCCUACACGUUCGGCUCGCCCUCCCUGAAUUUCGAUUUUGCCUUCGCUCUUCUCUCUAACCCCCUCCGGGCUUUAAACUGUUCCGUUAAUGUAGUUGUG